AAACAAACGACGAAGAAGAGUCACUGAAAUUGAUGGGCGGGACAAACAAACAGGCGAUGUCAACAAAAUAGCUGUCUGUCUAUCCGCUGGAAACAAUGCUUGAUUAAUUUAACACGAUACCACCAACCGGUUCCUCGCAUUAACAGUCUAUGGUUCCGCGUAAAGAUGAGUUCAUUUGCAGGUCGAAUGAAGGAGUAUCCCACCCUUUCUCUGGACCGGUUCGACCGGGAGAACUUACAUUCCCGGGCAUAUUUCCUCUCCCACUGUCACAAAGAUCACAUGAAAGGACUAAAAGGACCAAUACUGAAGAGAAAACUGCAGUUCAGUCGUACAGUCAGGCUUUACUGCUCCUUCGUGACCAAAGAACUUCUGCUGAGCAAUCCCAAGUACGCUUUCUGGGAGGAAUACAUUGUUCCUUUAGAGCUAGAGAGCCCAACUCAGAUAUCUCUGGUUGACGAGGCAUCUGGAGAGAAAGAAGAGAUUGUGGUCACGUUGCUUCCUGCAGGCCACUGUCCCGGCUCUGUUAUGUUCCUGUUUGAGGGUUCCCGUGGAAACGUUCUGUAUACAGGAGACUUCAGGUUGGCUGCUGGUGACGUCUCGAGAAUAGAACAUCUGCACUCUGGCAGCAGAGUGAAGGAUAUUCAGAGUGUUUAUCUGGACUCCACUUUCUAUGACCCACGAUUCUACCAGAUUCCUACUCGGGAGGUCUGUCUGAACGGUAUCUCAGAGCUUGUUGGGAGCUGGAUCAGUAAGAGUUCAUAUCAUGUUGUGUGGCUCAACUGUAAAGCUGCGUAUGGAUAUGAAUAUCUGUUUACCAACCUGGGAGAGGAGUUCAACACACAGAUUCAUGUCAAAAAUCUGGCGAUGUUCAAGAAGAUGCCGGAGAUCCUGAACUACGUGACGACUGACCGAAGGACACAGAUCCAUGCCUGUCGACACCCUAGGGAUGAGGAGUUUUUCCAAGGCAGCCGGCUGCCGUGUGGCUGCACAGCCUCUGACGGGACUCCUCUUAGUAUCAUCAGCAUCAAACCGUCCACCAUGUGGUUCGGAGAGAGAAUGAAGAAAACCAACGUUAUAAUAAAAACAGGAGCCAGUUCCUUUAGAGCCUGCUUCAGUUUUCACUCCUCCUACUCAGAGAUUAAAAACUUCCUCUCCUACCUCCAACCAGUCAACAUAUACCCCAGUGUUAUCCCUAUUGGUCGGACCCUCACUGAAGUUACACAAAUGCUGAAGCUGAUGUGUAGAAACCAGUCUGAUCAAGCAGCGUCUAUAUACAAACCUCUGGGAGUCCUCAAACGCGGCAUAGUGGAGCAACCUACAUACAAUUCAGACAGCGAUGACGGGCUGUUUGAGCAGCUGGACCUGGCACCAGUGAGGAAGAAGAUGGCGCUGAACCGAGACACAAAAAACGUGAAAGCUCAGAGUCCUCAGAAGACAGCGGCCCCUGUGUCUGUGGAGGAGUCUUUCCCUCUGACGGUCGCAGACGCGCAGCCUGUCGCUCGCAACUAUGUGGACUGCACCGAGUCCAAUGAUGAAGAGGAAGAUGAGGGGGGGGAGGAGGAGGAGAAUGAGGGAAAGGAGGAUACAAAACUGACUAAGGAGGAGGUGAACAGGACGAUAAAGGGAACUGAGAAAAAGGUGAUUGAGGUCGAAGGAAGUGGCUCCUCUAAUCCUCCGAAAUGGGAGGACUUCUUCACUACGGAAACGCUGACUGACAGCCAGAACAGCCUCACCAGCCAAUUACAGUCCUGCUGCUCUGUCCCGAGCUCCUCCCCCUCUAAAACGACUGGUUCACAGACCCCAGAUCUGUUCAGCGAUGAGGAGGAAACCCCCGAUAACUUCAGUCUGACCCUGUCCGCCUCUCUGUCAAAUCAUUCCUCCCAGAACCAGGACUCGUAUUUACCUGACACUCUGAUCCUCCAAACAGAGCAGAGGGGGCGGGAACAAGGAGACUCUAGGACCAAUACCGUUUCUCUGGAGAAGGAGAGCAACAGCCAAAACAUCCAAUCAGAGCUGGAAGAGCUCUCAGAGUCUCAGGCCUCGUCGGACUUUGAUAUUCCCUGCACGCCAGAGUCCAAAAUACCACAAACUGAUGAACUGUCGCAGUUGUACAGGAAGCUGGCGUCAGGAGACGAAGUUGUCAUCAGAAAGGGAAGUCAGGGCUCCAUGUGAAGGAAUGUUAAAGGACAUUUUUGGUGGAUUUUAUCCACCUAUAUGCUGCAAGAUUACUGGUUCAUGUGUGUGAUAAGCACAUAACUUCAUGAACUUCUAUAAUACCUUACAUGCCUUAAAGUGAGACCAUUCCUCUCCAGUCUCAGUCGAACCUCCAAACCACACAAACCUCAGUAUGUAAAGUAACCCACACAACAUUUAUUCCAAUGCACUUUAAGUUCCCCGGUGCCCUACAUACAUUAAUGCACCUGUGCACUGCACAGCUGACGCUCCAUUUUUGUUGACAGUUUGUGGUUUGUUCUGUUAAACAUUUCAAGGAUCAAGUAGGUGACGUUUUUGUAUCAAAUCAGAAAUCUUUGUGUCCUGAACCAAAUUAAAAAUAUUUCAAAUAAACAGCAUUUUAGUAAACCUUGAAA